CGUCCUGCCGCCUGGAGCCAAGAAUCACUGCUACGGAAGGGAAGUGGCAAAAACCAUCAUCGCUUCCAUUUUCUUCCUGCACUGCUUUGUUUGGUUGGAUCUGAUCGCGUUUCCCUGGAAGCAUGAAUGAUGGACACGGAGAUUGGAAUUUCUAUCUUAGAACCCUAAGCAAUGGCGCGCGCGACUCCACGGAUCCUGCUUCUGAUCCUUCCAUUCUCCAAUCCGUGAAGAAGCUUCAUGAGCUUUGUAAAUCGGAGAAAUCGGAUGAUUUGGUGGCUAGGAUUUAUCCGCAGAUCAAUAAGCUCUUCCAGCGAUCGGUGGGUUCUCUGUCUCAGUCCCAGUCCCAGUCCCAGUCCGAGACGUUUAAAGGCCUUCUCUUGUUGGCUAUUCUUCAAUUUUUUCUUGAUUUCGGGGAUGUAGUACUGCACGAUGCUGACCCAAGUUUGAGAACAUUCUUCCGAUCAUGUCUUAGCCGCGAGUUUGCAGAUCCUGUUGUUGCCGAGGCAACCUGUGAAUUCUUAAAUGCAAACAAGAAAAAACUUUUGACGUCUUUCCCGAGCUUACUCCCUCAGUUUUUUCCAUUGUUGCUGAAGCUCAUUGCAUGGAACGGGGAGAAAUUGGAGAAGUCCUUCCUAAAGAUAUUUCCAGGAUUGAUAUCCCCUGGGUCAUUUCUUCCUUUGUUUCCAUCUAUUAUAGACUUGCCAAUUUUGGUUGUGGCAUUGGAAAAAGUAGAACGGAGCUCGGGAUCACUGGUUGGAGGUAGCAUAGCUUCAAUCCAAAAGAGUACUGCUCCAGAGAUGCUUCUUGCUCUUAUGGAUGAAGCUUAUACAGGUUCAACCAUUGGGGACGGAGGGGGUGAUUCUGAAUCUGAAGAUAAUAACAGUUUAGAUGUGGCUGAUCCUCUGUUUCUCGAGCUGCUGAAAGAUGAAAAUGAUGGUCUAGCUGAGAGACAUCGAGCAUCUCCUGCCUUGACAGCAGCACUUCAAGCUGCUGUAAGUGGACCUCAGUCUGAGAAGAUGAAGCAGACACUUCAGAUUGUUCCUCGGCUUCUUGAUGUUUACUUUGCUGUUGCAUUACAAGAUGCCAAUGACUCUCUGAUCUGUGCACUGAUCCCUCUACUCAUGACAAGAAACUCGACAAUGUUCCCAGAAAAGAAAUUUUCUUAUGAGAUUCGUAAGAGGCUACUGGAAUUUAUGCUAGCUGCAUUUCAGAGAUCUCCGGAUUUUAUCGCACUAUUGAAGAAGCCUAUAAUUGACCGGCUUGCAGAAGCUUAUGAUGACCCUCCUAAGACAGAGUUAGCCUUACAGCUGUGUUGGGCCAUUGGAGAAUAUGGUGGUGGCGGUGAAUCACACAAGGAUGUAGCUCGUGAGCUGUUUGAGAAUUUAGAGUUGCUUCUAUAUGAAAAUCUCUCAUCAAGUCGGAUAGGGCUAAGGCAGGAGUCAGGGAUUGGCUCGGGAAGUGAUUUUAGAAGGGCUUUGCAGUCGAGGCUUUUGUGUUUUGUCAUAACAGCAAUUGCAAAACUUGCGACGUAUCACAGGGAAUUAUUGCCUAGGGCUCGAGUAGCGCUAGGAAAGGUUGUGAGAUCUCGAAUAUCGGAUGCAAGGGUUUGGAGGCGAGCUCACGAUUACUUGGGAUUGAUGAACGAACCGGGAAUUUGCUGGUCAGUGUUGGGGCCUUCACGGGUUUCAGACAAACGGUUACCGGGCACUGUGAACUGGAGUGAAGGUGGCAGGAAAAUGGUCGGACAUGUCCCAAUGUACAUUCUAGGUGAACAACAAGGUCCUCCGUUCCAUGACUUGUCGUUCUCGGAUAUCCUUCCCCGAGAUUCGGCCGGCAAAGCAAGUUUCUAGACCUUAGACCGUAUUAUAUGUUAUUUUUUUUUUUAUAAUCCGGAAGUUCAUCGGGCCUUUGGCCCGACUACAUCUCCCAGAGGACCGUAUUAUAUGUUUUUGUUGUUGUGCUUGUGAAUAUAUCACAUCAAUGUGUGAGGGGAAGAUGUGGGGUUUUUGUGAAGGGCUAAAAAUUUAGCAGUUGUGUUUAGAAUUUGGUGUCGAGUUAAUUAACAUUUGUUGUUGGCUCUGAAUA